UCCGCCCCGCGCCCUGCGGUGCUGCAGCUGCGGGCGGCUCCAGCUGCCCCCAGAUGUGGGCUGGGCAGCGCGCAGGGAACUUUCGCGCCGGCUGCGAGUGCGGGGCCCCGGCUGCGGUCGGGCUGCCAUGGAUCCGCCGGCGGGAGCCGCUCGCCGCCUGCUCUGCCCCGCUCUACUGCUCCUGCUGCUGCCGCCGCCGCCUCUCCUGCUGCUGCCGCCGCCGCCCGCGAGCGUCCGGCUCGUCGCCGCCACCGAGCCCCCAGGCGGGCCCCCGGGGCAAGGAGCCGAGCGCAUCCUGGCGGUGCCGGUGCGCACUGACGCCCAGGGCCGCUUGGUGUCCCACGUGGUGUCUUUGGAGACGGCCGGGGCGGGGGUACGAGCCCGCAGAGCUGCCCCGGACCAGACCUCGGGCUUGCCCGGAGGCGCUGCGCAGGACCCUAGAGGACGCCUUUUCUACAACCUCACAGUAUUCGGCCGAGACCUGCACCUGCGGCUGCGGCCCAACGCCCGGCUCGUGGCUCCGGGGGCUACCGUGGAGUGGCAGGGUGAGACGGGUGACACCCGAGUGGAGCCCCUGCUUGGGACCUGUCUCUACGUUGGAGACGUGGCAGACUUACCUAAAGCCUCCUCGGUGGCGCUCAGUAACUGUGAUGGGCUGGCUGGUCUGAUCCGGAUGGAGGAGGAGGAGUUCUUUAUCGAACCUCUGGAGAAGGGGCAGACGGAUCAGGAGGCUGAACAAGGCCGAGUGCAUGUGGUAUAUCGCCGACCGCCCACUCCUAAGCCCCCUCCUGUGAGCGAACCACAGGCUCUGGACACAGGAGUCUCCCAGGGCAACCUGGACAGCCUCAGCAGAGCCCUAGGCGUCCUGGAGGAGCGCAUCAACAGCUCACGGCGGAGGGUGCGCAGGCAUGCCACGGACGAUGACUACAACAUUGAGGUCCUGCUGGGUGUGGAUGACUCGGUGGUCCAGUUCCAUGGGAAGGAGCACGUGCAGAAGUACCUGCUGACACUCAUGAACAUUGUCAACGAAAUCUACCAUGAUGAGUCGUUGGGGGCCCACAUCAAUGUGGUGCUGGUGAGGAUUAUCCUGCUGAGCCACGCAAAGUCCAUGAGCCUCAUUGAGAUUGGAAACCCCUCUCAGAGUCUGGAGAAUGUCUGCCGAUGGGCCUACCUCCAGCAGAAGCCGGACACAGACCACGAUGAGUACCAUGACCAUGCCAUCUUUCUCACACGGCAGGAUUUUGGGCCCUCGGGCAUGCAAGGCUAUGCUCCUGUCACUGGGAUGUGCCACCCUGUCCGCAGCUGCACUCUGAACCAUGAAGAUGGCUUCUCCUCGGCAUUUGUGGUGGCUCACGAGACGGGCCAUGUGCUGGGCAUGGAGCACGACGGGCAAGGCAACCGCUGCGGUGACGAGGUGCGGCUGGGCAGCAUCAUGGCCCCCCUGGUACAGGCUGCCUUCCAUCGCUUCCACUGGUCCCGCUGCAGUCAGCAGGAGCUCAGCCGCUACCUGCAUUCCUAUGACUGCCUGCGGGAUGAUCCCUUCGCCCACGACUGGCCGGCAUUGCCUCAACUCCCAGGGCUUCACUAUUCCAUGAACGAGCAGUGUCGCUUCGACUUUGGCCUGGGUUACAUGAUGUGCACUGCGUUCCGGACCUUCGACCCCUGCAAACAGCUUUGGUGCAGCCACCCGGACAACCCCUACUUCUGCAAGACAAAGAAGGGUCCCCCGCUGGAUGGGACUAUGUGUGCCCCUGGCAAGCACUGCUUCAAAGGCCACUGCAUCUGGCUGACACCCGAUAUCCUCAAACGAGAUGGCAACUGGGGUGCCUGGACUCCGUUUGGCUCCUGCUCACGCACCUGUGGCACAGGCGUGAAGUUCAGGACCCGCCAGUGUGACAACCCACAUCCUGCCAAUGGGGGCCGCACCUGCUCGGGCCUGGCCUAUGACUUCCAGCUCUGCAACCCCCAGGACUGUCCCAAUUCCCUGGCUGACUUCCGGGAGGAGCAGUGUCAGCAGUGGGACCUGUACUUUGAGCACGGUGACGUCCAGCACCACUGGCUGCCUCACGAGCACCGGGAUGCCAAGGAGAGAUGCCACCUCUACUGUGAGUCCAAGGAGACAGGGGAGGUGGUGUCUAUGAAGCGCAUGGUGCACGAUGGAACACGCUGCUCCUACAAGGACGCCUUCAGCCUGUGUGUGCGUGGGGACUGCAGGAAAGUGGGAUGUGAUGGGGUGAUCGGGUCCCGCAAGCAGGAAGACAAGUGUGGCGUGUGUGGAGGCGACAAUACCCACUGUAAAGUGGUGAAGGGCACAUUCACGAGGUCACCCAGGAAACAAGAUUACAUCAAGAUGUUUGAGAUCCCCGCGGGAGCCAGACACCUGCUCAUCCAGGAGGCCGACACCACCAGCCACCAUCUGUCUGUCAAGAACCUGGAGACAGGCAAGUUCAUCUUAAAUGAAGAGAACCACUUGGACCCCAAUUCUAGAUCCUUCAUUGCCAUGGGUGUGGAGUGGGAGUACAGGAACGAGGAGGAGAGGGAGACGCUGCAGACCAUAGGCCCACUCCACGGAACCAUCACCGUGCUGGUUAUUCCUGAAGGAGACACCCGGAUCUCACUGACAUACAAAUACAUGAUUCACGAGGACUCCCUCAAUGUUGACGACAACAAUGUCCUGGAAGAUGACUCUGUGCGCCACGAGUGGGCCCUGAAGAAGUGGUCUCCCUGCUCCAAGCCCUGCGGUGGAGGGUCCCAGUUCACUAAGUAUGGCUGCCGCCGGAGGUUGGACAGCAAGAUGGUGCACCGAGCCUUCUGCAGUGCCCUUGCCAAGCCCAAGGCCAUCCGACGAGCCUGCAACCCUCAGGAGUGCUCCCAGCCUGUGUGGGUCACCGGUGAAUGGGAGCCUUGUACUCAGAGCUGUGGGCGAACUGGCAUGCAGGUGCGCUCUGUCCGCUGUAUACAACCUCUGCACAACAACACCACCCGCUCCGUGCACACCAAACACUGCAACGAUCACCGUCCCGAGAGCCGCCGGGCCUGCAACCGUGAGCUCUGCCCUGGGCGGUGGCGGGCUGGGUCCUGGUCCCAGUGUUCGGUAACCUGUGGCAACGGCACCCAGGAACGGCCAGUGCUCUGUCGCACUGCAGAUGAUAAUUUUGGUGUCUGCCGGGAGGAGCGACCCGAGACGGCAAGGAUCUGCAGGCUUGCACCCUGUCUCCGAAACGGCUCAGAUCCCUCCAAGAAGAGCUACGUGGUUCAGUGGCUGUCCCGGCCUGAUCCUGACUCGCCUAUCCAGAAGAUCUCGUCAAAGGACCAGUGCCAAGGCGACAAGUCAAUGUUCUGUAGGAUGGAAGUCUUGUCUCGAUACUGCUCCAUCCCCAGCUACAACAAGCUUUGCUGCAAGUCCUGCAACCCGCCCCGAAACCUCAGCAACACAGAGGACGGAGGUGUGGAGCCUCCCCCCGGGAAGCACAAUGACAUCGAUGUGUUCAUGCCCACACUCCCGGGGCCCACUGUAUCUACACAGGUGCAGCCUUCUUCGGGGCCUCCUUUGGAGGCUCCCCUCAAUGUCUCUAGCACCAAUGCCACUGAAGAUCACCCAGAAACCAAUGCUGUGGAUGUCCCCUACAAAAUCCAUGGUGUGGAUGAAGAGGUCCAGUCUCCCAACCUGAUCCCUCGACGGCCAAGCCUGUAUGUAAAGACAAGGAACCAAAGAAUCCAGGAGCUCAUUAAUGCAGUGCAGAGGAAAGAGAAGCCGGGAAAGUUCUAAUAAAAUAGAAAGAUUCGCA